UCCUGCCCGCUCCGACCGCCCAAUGGGAGCGGCGGAUGUUAGCGAGCCGGGAGGUGGCGGCGUUGCCACAGCAGCGGCGGUGGAGCGGAGCUGGGUUGGGCGCUGGCAGUCGGGACGCGCCAUGGAAGGGCUGGAAGGUGAGGUUGCAGUGCAAACUGGAGAUCUGUUGCCAUGUAGGAUUUGUGGAAGGACUUUCUUUCCAGCAGCACUGAAGAAGCAUGGACCCAUUUGCCAAAAAACUUCUGCCAAGAAAAGGAAGACAUUUGAUUCCAGCAGACAGAGAGCAGAAGGAACUGACAUUCCCACAGUAAAACCUCUUAAGCCACGGCCAGAACCCCCCAAAAAACCAUCCAACUGGAGACGAAAGCAUGAGGAAUUCAUAGCAACUAUACGAGCAGCCAAAGGACUUAAUCUCAAAGACGGUGGAAAACUCCCUCCACCGCCUCCGCCAUCAUAUGACCCUGAUUACAUUCAGUGUCCGUAUUGUCAGAGGAGAUUUAAUGAAAAUGCAGCUGACAGACAUAUCAAUUUCUGUAAGGAACAAGCAGCACGUAUUACCAAUAAGGGGAAGCUGGCAGCUGAUACCAAAGGGAAGGUUCCUACUCGAACACAGUACAAGCCUGCUGCAGUUAAGAAGAUGCCUUCUGCAGUGUCAGCACCACCAUCAUCAUCACGUCUACCACAGCCAAGUGGUGUUAGCAAAACAGUUGUAGGUUCCUCUUCAAGUAAAGCAUUGUCUUCAUCUGGAUCCACUGGCAGCAAAAUUCAGUCAUUAUCGCCAGCUCAUAAAAACUCCUUGGGAAUGGUGAACCCACAAGCAGGUAGUAAGAUGGACAAGUUAGGCCCACCACUGCGAACUGGAAGAGAUGUGCAAAAGUUUUAUGACACUGAUACAAAAACAGGCAGUACCAUCAAAAGACCAAAUGAAUUGUUGCCUAUAAAGAAAGGUGCGACAAAAACAAGGAUAUCAACCCCUCCUAGCGUGGCAAGAACUAUGAGCACGGGUGCUCUAUCAAACAAAAGAAAAACUAGUAAUUCAGACGGUUACUCAAGGUCUGAUGGUAAAACUGGGAAUGACACUGCUGACUACCUAUCCUCAGUCAAUGGGGGAAGUUCAAAAAACAGUGAAGGAAAUUCAUCUGUACAGUUAUCUAAAUUUUGCCAUGAAUGUGGAACAAAGUAUCCUGUGGAAUGGGCGAAGUUCUGCUGUGAGUGUGGGAUUCGAAGAAUGGCUGUGUGAACACAUUCUUAAAAGCAAAGAGAAAAGGAGAUCUUGAAAGCAUAUGCUAUGUGCUGCUGCAUGGAAAGCUAAAACACUCAUUUGAGUUAGGCUUCAUCCUGCAAACAUGUUGAAGCAUCACAUAAUUUUCUGAGUGCAAUCUGCUGGUUACAUAGUAAUUUAUAUAUAAAUAUGUAUACUGUAUAUAAAAGUAACAGGUACCUAAAACUGUGCCAUUCAAGGAAAUACUCUUUAAUCUCAGCUGGAAAUAUUUUAAAUUAGGGUACAAAUGUGUUAAGUAACUUAAGUAGUGGAAGUGGUUCAGUGUUACUUUUCUUAUAUAGUCCUCUAGAAAUUAUUUAAGUCACUCACCCAUAGGGAACUAGCCAUGAAGAACUUCUGCGUCAUAAGUUUCUCUGUGGAGGCAUUUUCUUCAUGUGAUAGUAACUAGAUGCUAUCUGUGUUCUAAGUGAAAACAACAUGAACAACUCCCUAUAAAUUCCUUGUUACAAGUGCAAAAAGACUGGAGCCCUUUUAUCUCUUUAUUGUAAUACCUUCAGUGAACUUUCCAGUUACUUGCAGGAAUUUUUUUAAUGAUUCAAAUAGGAAAAGGUCUGGAAGUUCCAUUCACAUCUAAGAAAAUCAAAAGUUGUGGUUGUUACUCUGCCCGUUCUGUUUUUGAAUAAGAACUUGUUAAUAUUUUAUGUGUUUAUAAGGACAAAUGUGAUAUUUUAGUCAGUUACUUUUAUUCAGAAAUAGUUGUCUUCCUCUUCCUGUGCUUUCCACCAUGGCUAGCAUAUUUAAAAGCUCUUUCCUUUUGUCCUUAAACUUUGCAAAGGUUGUAUUUUUUUCUUCUCUUGUGUCCUGAAGGAGACUCUAUUGCAAUUGUACCUAAACGUUGAACUUAUUUUCAAAAACAGCCUUCUUAUUGUAUCCAAUGCAGAAAGAGUUCCAUAAAAACGUGUACUAUUAGAAAAGUAAAGUAAGUAGUUACUGUUUUUUUAUACUUACUCCUGUGCAAAUAGCAGGUCCAGAGUUUGUACAUUUACAGCUCUACAUGUGUUUUUGUGGUGGAUUUUCUUCUGUUGUUUUUUUUCCUCCCUUCCCCAAUUCUUUGUAUGUAUGGGCUCUCAUGAGGGCAUUAUGAGGGCAACCUCAUGAAGUUUGCAACAGGCUUCAUGUGAGUUUACUGGUAAGAAGUGUUGGGACCUGUAAGCUGUUCCUUUUUUUGUUGUUGUUUUAGUUUUUUGUUUAUUUUUUAAACAACACAAUCUACAAAAACCAUUCACAAGCUGCAUCACUUGUGUCUGAAUGUAGUGAUUUGUUUUGUGAAGUUUUAUUUUGAAGUACUGCUACCAUCUUAUUGGAAGAACAAUCUGAAAGGACUUAAUUGUGCCUUUACCACUGGACAUUCUUUUUUAAAAAAAAAAAAUUGUUUCUUUCAGCUCACAAGCAUUGUAAGCAAUUUAUAUAGAUUCUUUUUUAGCUUUUGCAAAAUAUACUUCAGUGUUGCAUUAUAGAAACUUAAUCAUUGAAUACAUUUUCAAAAUGUGCGUUUACUAUCAGUGAGGCCAAUUGUGGGGAAACGUGAAUGAAGAGAUUUAUCUCCAAAUCAGGUUCCAUUCUUGGAGGAUAAGAGAUUUAAGAGGCUUGAGGUAGUCAUCUUCCAGGCCAAAAACUAUUGAUAUUUUAGAAUUACUUCAAUGAUAUGAAAUUGUCUUACACUUUGUAUAAAAAGUUAUUUCCAAAAAUUAUUCUUUCAUCUAGUGUAGUCUUGUAAAUAGUUUAUACAAGCUGUCUACAGAGUAUGAUAGGAUGGAUAACCAUUAAUGAGAGACCUGACAAGUUUUAGCCAAAUUAUAUUCUAGUUAGUUUAGGUUGUAGGAUCCAUAUUUUGGCACAUUCAUAUCUGUACUUAGAAAAAGUCAGAAUCCUGCGUCUUUAGCACAGUUAAGUCUGCUUUAGAGAAUUUCUCCUGGACUUGGGCCUUCGAGGUCAAGGGUUGCUGGAGGUUAGGAGCGUCCAUCAGAAAAGAUGCAAAUCCAAAAUAGCUUUGAUUGGUUAGUGAAUCUAUAAAAUAAAUUCUUUAUCUGACUUGAUGAAUUUCCGGUUCUUGUUUCUGCUGGAAGUAUGCGUUUUUACCACUUAACUGAAAAUGCAUUCUACAGGGAGAAAAUUUUGUAAAGAAAUAAAUGUAUUCUAGGUUUUCAAGGACUGAUGAAGCUACUGAAAAAUAUAUUGACUUUUUCUCCUUUGAAUUGCAAGUGGCACAUUGCCUAAUUUUAAAAUCAAUUCCCAUGAAAUAAUGAUAAUUUCUGCUUUUUGAGUAGUGUAACUCUGUUUCCAGAGAUGCGUAUAGUAAAGUGAGUGACACUACUUUAUUUAUGCUUCUGUGAUUUAUAGCAAGAAUUAGAAAGGGAAUUAACCUGAACUGAAAGAAGAAAAAAUUUAAAGCUUUCCUGAAUUUUUAAUUUGGCCUUACAGGAAUGUCUACUGAAGUAUAAAUGGCUAUCAAUAGUAACAUUUUAUAAUGUGUAUAUGUUUGAGUAUACAAUAAAGAUAAGCAGGCAAUGAAAAUGUAGCUGACUAUGCUGUUUAUUACUGUAGAGUGAGACUAUCAGAAACCUAUUAUGUAUCUACUUUGAGCUGUUUUUUUCCACUGAAUGACAGGUUUCUAAAGUCUUUGGUGUUGCUGACAGUAGAGAGUAUUACAUGCACGAUCAGAACAGAUCACUGUAACUCCAUCUAAAUGCAAAUAGAUUUGCUCUGCAGAACUGAAUAUGGAAAUAAAUUGAUUGUAAUAUUUAAGGAAAGAAUGAACUGUAAGGGAGAUUAGUAAAGUCUCUGAAUAUCGAUCUUCAGGUAUAUUGCAUGUGUCAAGAAAUAUCUGAAUUCAGUUUAACAAGACCUAGGUUCAAACCCUCUUGCCCUACUCCUCCCCCUGCCUUUACGUCUUGGUUCUUCAUGGGAGGAGAAAACAUGGGUACGUUCUGAAAGGGCAGAGUUCCUGAAUGCUUCAAGAAUCAAAAUUUUUAUAAUUGUAAACAUGAAACACCUAGAUAAACUAUGCACCCAGAUGCACUGCAUUGUUAAGUCUAAACUUUGCUAGUGUCAUCCUCUGGAUGACCUGUUGACAGAUACUUAACUUAAAAGCCUAAAUUCCUUAGAUUAAAUGUGUAAAUUUGGGAUGAUGUGGUUACUUCAUCUGUCUUUUCAGUUGUGUAUUUGUGUGUGCACAUAUGUAUUGUGUAAGAACUCUAGUCAUACAAAUACAAAAUGUUGUUUCACUGAAGCAGAGUUGAUACAAAACAAUACUGAACACUGCUGGGGGAUUGUGAAGUUCCAGAUGGGUAAUAGGUGUACGUACUGUAUACAGAAUAUGAAAUUUAUUGAUGUGAUCUCAAUGUUACCUAUGUCUAUGUCUGACCCUAUGACAGACUUUCUUUUACCAUCUGCUACUAUAAGUUCCUGGAGUGCUUGCUAAGACAUGAAUAUAAUUCAACUAAUGAGAAAAGAAGGAAAAAAAGAAAGGCUAAUAGUAAAAUCCCAUGUAGAGAAACAAGAAUGUUGUUGCUUGGGUCCUGACUAAGCAUGUUUACAUUCACAUUUUGUUUUUGUGAAUAUUUGAUUUAUAAAGGAUGUCUGUGUAACAGAAAGGAGUUGUAGGAACUGAAACUGUACUGUUGCAAGUGCAAUGGAGUUUUGAAAUAUACUGGCUUCAAAGGUGAAAGCAGGAUAGCAUAAGGCUAACCUUUAUAUGAUUUACCUUUCACGAGUUUAUAUUUACACAUGAUAUUGUUUCCAGUUCUGAAAGAAACUAUAUGGGGGUAUAUCUAAUACUCACAGCAAACUUAAAUGUAUGGUUAGAUGGUUAUAGAUAGUUAUAUCCUCAGUGUAGCACACCACUACAGGAAAGUGGGCAGUAAGAGGCAGAGCAAGCUUUAGCACCCUUCAGGUAGUAACUGUGAGCAUCUAGGCAGAAUUUUUCAAAUUUGCCAAAGAGACUUAAACAGCCAUCAGCCUCCCUCAGAUGGAUUUGAAAAGCUUAACCUGAAGGUUUGCCUGGCCAGGGAGCUCUCCAUGGUGCUCCUGACACCAAGCCUCUCCCUGCAAUGUGCCUGGCAGUGUCUGUGUGAGCUGGUAGCAAUGUAUGUAGAGUAAGGAGGUCUUUAACUCAACUCCAAAAUGUCUUUUAACUCCACCUGUCUUGGAAGUUGUCAUUUGAGUGAGACUAGGUCCUAAUUCACAGUUGCAGUUAAGAAUUAGUGUCUGAAACGCAGCAUGUGAAGAAAAUGGUUUCAUUAUGCAUGUUCAUCAAGUCAGUGAGGGAAGGUAUGAUUGCAGUAAUUUAAACACUAAUGAACAAGGCAUUUAGCAGUGCACACUGAUGUAGGCUAUGUAAUUAGUUAGAGUCUUAAAUUAAAUGGCAUUGUCAGUGUCUUACAAAGUUCUCAAGAAGUACUUACUGGUUUUCAACACAUAGCUUUUGUAUCUGUGCAAUGAACAAACUUUUUAUAAGUUUUCUUAAAUCUUGACUAAAAAAUGUGUGUUUUGUAAGAGCACUUGUUGCAACUGCACUUCUUUCAGCGUGACAAAGCUAUGAGUAAUUAUUUGGGUUGUAUGAGACACUGGAAAUACCAUCUUUGAAGUUGUUUUUUGGUGACUGGUGAAAAUAUUUUCAUUGACUUUGAAGAAGCACAGCGCAUUCCAACUUGUGAUGGUUUUGUUUCUGGGCAAAGUUUUGAGUUACUUUGUUGUGUCAUUGAAAGAAAUGCUCAGUAAGACAUUCUUAGCUGUAUUCAAUGUUUACUUGGUUGACGCUGUCUCUAAAGUAUUCACGAUAUAAGGGAUUAAUCUUGCAUAUUAGUGGGCUUUGUUUUGUUCAUUAUCUUUUUCUUUUUUAAUGUAUGUUGUUCCCGAAUACCCUUUUCUGAAGGAUCCUGCUCAUCCCCAUUUCGUGUUGGCAGAAAACAUCCCACUUAUAUUUUCUUUUAAAUAAUUAGUGUUUCUUCUUUAAAAAAAAAAUAGGGAAAUCAUUUUCCUCCAAUAUAAACAGCAACUUGUGAGACAGCAAAUCAAAUAUUCGGUUUAAUAUUUUUGAACAGUGAGCAUAAGGUCUAAAUAUUGUUUUCCAUUGUUCUUGUAUUUGAAUUUCUGGCAGAAGUGCAGAUGGAUUUGGGUCUGUUCUUGUAAAAUGCUAAGUAUUCCAUGGCUGUUACAAUACCUGCUUCAUAUGAUAUUUAAUAUGUAUCUUCACAAGUUUAUUGAUGUUCCAUGUUUUUAAAUGAAAUGUUCAUUCAUGUAUUUAAAGUGAUUAGUUUUGUCUGCACUGCAUUUAUUAUGUUUGCCUUGCCCUUCAGUAUACUUAAUAUUUGUUUGUGACCAUCCAAUGUUUUGUGUUUUGUUUUAGCAGAAUGCCUGGGUUUGUGUUUUAUUUGAUAUAUUAACAUUAUUUUAAAGUCUUAGUUCUGUUUUCAUCAAUAAUUGUAAAUCACCACCUGAUGCUAAUUUGCCACUUGUUAACAAUAAAGUGAAUAUGCCAAUAAAACUUCUUGAAAUGCA